GUAGUGUCGGUAUCCUCGAGUCUCAUCAAUCCCAUUCAUUCUUUUCGUUCUUUUUUGUUCUCGUUCCCUCGACAGGUGAUUGCCGUCUUGACGCUCUUUUUUUUCUGCGUUUUUCAUCUCCCAGACGGACAACAUCUCUCCAUGGCGCGUACAUCAACCUUCUCUCUCCUCUUCGGGGGUUUUUCGGUGUUGGCGGCGGCGCGCAGGUGCCAGAAUCUCACUGUCGAGGUCGACAUCUCGGCGCGCAAUGGUGUGUUUGAUAUUGAGACGCCGGUGACAGACAUUGAUGUGACCGACUUUAUCUUCGAGAUGGGAACGCAAGGGAGGAACUACUCAGAUGAACACUUGACUGGAUACACGACUGUGAGUGGCACAUACGAGCUUGCGGCAACGUAUUGCGAGCCGGACAACAAGACCUCGGAUGUAUUGCAGAUCAUGUCCCACGGCGUUGGUUUCGAUAGGAGUUACUGGGACUACCCCGUCAACAACUGGAACUACAGCUAUACCAAGGUCGCCGUCGACGACUAUGGCUACUCGACCUUCACAUGGGACCGGCUCGGCAUCGCAGAGUCGUCGCGCGGCGAGCCCAUCAACGAGAUCCAGUCCUGGCUCGAGCUCGCGGCGCUCGAAAAGCUGACGAACAUGCUGCGCGCCGGCGAGGUCGAUGGCCUGGAAGACAAGCAUUUCCGCAAGAUUGUGCACGUCGGCCACAGCUUCGGGUCGAUCAUGGCGUACUCUAUGACGGCUUCGAACCGGUGCAUCUCGGACGGCAUCGUGCUGACCGGGUUCAGCCACAUGGGCGCGUACAUGCCUUACUUCCUGUUCGCGGGGACUUUCGUGCGAGCCAACUCAUUGGCCCCUUUGGCCGAUUACGGCGACGGUUACAUCGCCCCCGCUGUGGUCAGCGCGGCCCAGACCAACCUCUUCGCUCCGGGGAUGUAUGACCCGGAGGUGCUGAACAUUGCCUUUGAGAGGGGUCAACCGGCCGCGGUGGGGGAGUUCCUUACUCUUGGAAUGCGAGCCGGUGAACCGAGCUCCUUUAACGGGCCGGCUCUUGUCAUUACUGGUGACCGAGAUCUCCCUUUCUGCGGCGGAGACUGCUCUGCCAGUGGUGAUUCCGGCCUGGACUCGCUCCUGGAUCUGUCGGCAGAAUUCCUCAGCCAAGCCAGCCCAUUCGAGGCAUACGUCGUUCCGGGCGCUGGACAUGGCAUGGGAUUCGAGUACUCGCAUGCCGAGGUGACGGGAAAGAUUCUCGACUUCCUCGUACAAAACGGCCUCGCUGCGCAUUAAAGCGACAAACGUCAUGACGAUACAGUUGGUUCAUUCUCUUGUUAAUAUUUAAUUUACACAAUAUAAUGCAAAUGUCGGUUGCGGGUCAUCAUGAGACGUCAGGACGGCGUGGCAUCUGCAUAUGUUGGUAUUGUCAGAUACCAGCCAGCUUUCAGAGCACCACACUUACACAGCGAUUUCCUUUUCCCCUUACAUGGGAC